AUGACGGUCGAUAAUGAAGUGAAGUUGGUGAUCUUCGACAAGGAUGGCACACUGGUCGACUUUCAUCGUAUGUGGUUGCCAUGGGCCGAGGAGACCGUACAGCUAUUAGAAAACGCGACAGGACGACCUGUUGGGCCGGCUGUGUACAAAACACUCGGAGUUGAUCCUAUCCAGGGAAAGGUGUCAAUGGGAGCACUGGCAGAAAAGACACUGACUGGCAUACGUGCUGACGUCUCUGCUACUCUCCAGACAUUUGGAAUAAGUGCCAUCGAUGCGGAUGCGAUUGUUGAGAGAGCAGUACCGGAAGCGUCGAAAGGACAGACGGCUCCAGUCUGCGAUCUUCAGAAGCUGUUUCGUGAACUUCGUUCCCUAGGAUGCAAAACGGCUCUAUGCACCGCUGAUAGCAGAGUCGCUACCGAGCAUCAGAUGCGCGUUCUUGGAAUCGCAAAUCUACUAGACAUGGUUGUCUGCGGUAACGACGUCGGAAUCAUUCCAAAGCCAAGCCCACAUUGUGCGAUCCAGAUCUGCAAACGACUUGACGUUGCACUAAACCAGACGAUAAUGGUCGGUGAUACCAUUGCGGAUCUCAAAAUGGGUCGUGUGGCUGGACUGAGGUGUACGGUUGGUGUAUUAACUGGUGUCGGCAAUAGAGACACACUUAAGGAGUACACUGAUUACUUCGUAAGAAUGCUUUACACGUUUUAA